AUGGCUCAAGAGAGCUGGGAACGGGAGCAGGGCUCGGCGGGCUGCAAGCAAUCCGACCGGAACAUUCUCUGUGCCAACAACUGCGGCUUCUUCGGAAGCGCGGCGACGCUCAAUAUGUGCUCGCAGUGCUACGGCGAGCACGUAGCCAAGACCAUACAAGCCGCCGCCGCUACCGCUACAACAACAACAACUGCAACCUCUUCUAGCUCCAACCCCUCCGCCAGUCCGCAACGCAUGCAGCCGCCAGUAGCUCUUCGCACCGACCCGUGCCCGAGCGGCGCCACCAGCGGCAGCGGAAGCGGUAUCGCCGCGGCCGUGAGUUGCGGAGGCGCGGAGAACGUCCAGAGGACGGGUUUCCCAGUCGAGCCGUCGGCACAUCCGUUUUCGGCCAGGAAGGAGGAGAUUGACGUACGCGGGCAAACGCACCCUGCGCUUGCGAGUAUCGACACUCGAGCUUCGUCUGCUUCUCCUUCCGUCGCCGCCGCUGCUGCGGCUGUCGUCGCGCCUGCGCUUCCUUGCGUUGGACCCGCAGAACGCGGCAUGCUGAGACCGCGCCAAGGACGCUGCGACCGUUCCACCGUUGCGCGCGACGCGGCCGAAUGGGUCGAAACGCAGGAGGAGCUUCAGGCGCUACUGGCAGACCCGCUGCUCGCCGACGUGGCGGCUGACGUGUCGCUGGAGGAAGUCGAGACGCUGAUUGCGGCGGAAACGGGCGGCGGGAUGAGGCUGCGACAUCUCUACUUCUCCUCCUGUCUCCCUGCAGCGGUGGUGGUGCGGCAGUCAGCAACAGUGGGGGACCUGAGGGCUGCGGUUGAGAGGGGGGCGCGGAGAUGGGCGCAGGGGGAGGGCGCGGAGGCAGGGCGCUACAUCUGGUCGCAUGCAUGCCUGGCAGUGGACGGCCAUCCUCUCCCCUUCCACUCUCCCACCACCCCUCUGCUCGACCUUGGCCUCACCAACGGAGACCAGCUGUGCUUUCUGCCGUACCGCCCACCAACCACCAAGAGACACCAGCGGGCCAGACACUGGGGAAUGGGAUGA